AUGCCAGCCCAUAAUCCACCUAUCCCGAAAGCGCCUCAACCCACCAAAGUUUUCUUCGAUCCUUACAACUCGUCCUCGACCGGCCAUCAGCGCGCCGAGAAUAGACUCUCAGGCAGCACCUCAUGGCGCGAUUCACGCACUUACAAGCUGAAACACCAGUUCAGCGACGCUACUGGGCGGGGUGGCACCCAACAUCUCUCGGACUUGGUCGGCGCAGGAAGUGAAAACUUUGGCAAGGACGGCAGGAAGGAAAAUGGCGAUUGGGAGCAGGGCGCACCAGGGUUGAGAGAAUAUGGCUGGCAGGAUAUUAGAGGCCUGCUGGGUGGUGGAAAGAAGAGGAAGAGCCCAACACUGGAAACAGUUGUGCCACCGUACAAGCGUCGCAAGAGCAACAGCGACGCCACCACGCUGCCGUUUUCUUCAGCACAACCUCGCACCAGUAAAAGUGGCUCGGAUAUCGAUGAAUACUCUCAGAAAUCCACGCCGGCUGAACAAAAGCCGCAAAUCUUUGCCUCUCUUUCUCUAUACCUUAAUGGUUCCACCGCGCCCUUGAUUUCCGACCACCGCCUCAAGCAGCUCUUCUCACAGCACGGCGGCACUACCUCACUGUCUCUCGCCCGCCGCAGCGUCACUCACGUGGUCAUUGGCGAGGACUGUGGUGGAGGACUGGCAGGCACGAAAAUCCAGAAGGAGGUACAGAAUGUUAGGGGCAAAGGUGUGAAGUUCGUUACGGCACAGUGGGUGCUGGACAGUGUUGAGCGGGGCAAAAGGCAAGCGGAAGGGAAGUAUGUGCCGAAGAACCUGAGAGGGAAAGUCGGAGGCAGUGGACAGGGCAGUGUGGCCGGGAUGUUCCAGAAGAAGUGA